ACACUGUCUAUUCCUCCAUGUCAAAAGAAAAAUGCCGCUGCCAAGAAGAAUCGUAAUGAUAAAGGUUGGUUUUCUUCGUUGACAGUAGAAUACGAAUAAUUUCUCAUACAAGCUAACAAUACGCUGAAAAAUGUUCGAAAUGAACACCGCGGAACCUAUGCAAGUGGACGUUCCACUGGAAGACAAUGAAAAUAAUGAGACGGAAUGUUUCGUCGUUGAGAACCCUACGCUCGAUUUGGAGACUUACGCCUCGUCUUACACCGGAUUUGCCAAGCUAUACAGAUUGAUGUUUGUAGCAGACCAUUGUCCCUCCUUGAGGUUGGAGGCCCUUAAAAUGGCAAUUUCCUACGUCAUGACAACUUACAAUGUGAGUCUCUACCAAACACUCCACAAAAAGUUGGCUGAAGCAAUAGCAACUUCUGGACUACCUGAUGUGGCAGUUCUACAAGACACACCUGUGCUUGACACCAUGUGGGUAGAAUCAAAAACAAAAAAAGCUGCUAUAAAGUUGGAAAAAUUAGACACAGACUUGAAAAACUACAAAACAAAUUCAAUAAAAGAAAGCAUUCGACGAGGACAUGACGAUCUUGGUGAUCACUACCUGGAUUGUGGAGAUCUCACCAGUGCACUUAAGUGUUACUCUAGAGCCCGUGAUUACUGCACAAGUGGGAAGCACAUUAUCAUGAUGUGCCUCAAUGUAGUUAAAGUGUCAGUUUACUUGCAAAAUUGGGCUCAUGUCCUUAAUUAUGUAUCCAAAGCAGAAGGGACACCUGAUUUCAAUGAAGUGCCUGGAAAGGAUUCAAAUCAGUCAGUGUUGACUCGCUUAAAAUGUGCUGCAGGCCUUGCUGAGCUAGCCACAAAGAAAUACAAAUCUGCUGCGAAGCACUUUCUAGCGGCUAGCAUUGACCACUGUGACUACCCUGAACUGCUAAGCAGCAAUAAUGUUGCAGUCUAUGGAGGAUUGUGUGCCCUUGCCACCUUUGACCGCUCUGAACUACAGAAGCAAGUCAUAGUUAGCAGUUCUUUUAAAUUAUUUCUAGAACUAGAGCCACAAUUACGAGACAUAAUUUUUAAAUUUUAUGAAUCUAAGUACGCUUCCUGCUUAAGGUUACUGGAUGAAAUAAGAGACAAUCUACUACUAGAUAUGUAUUUAGCGCCACACUUAAAUUCACUGUACAUGCAAAUUCGCAACAGAGCACUGAUCCAGUACUUUAGCCCAUACCUAUCUGCUGACAUGCGUCUAAUGGCUGCUGCCUUCAACCGCACAGUCAAUGCUCUUGAAGAUGAACUUAUGCAACUAAUACUAGAUGGGCAAAUCCAGGCUCGCAUUGAUUCUCACAACAAAAUUCUUUAUGCAAAAGAUGUGGAUCAGAGAAGUACCACAUUUGAAAGAAGUCUGGCAAUGGGAAAGGAAUACCAGCGGCGGACGUCUAUGCUCAUUCUGCGUGCUGCCAUGCUCAAGAACCAGAUUCAUGUUAAGAAUAUUGGACGUGAGGCAGGACCACAGAGCGGCGAAGCGCCUGGCUCCAGUACGAGCCUCACACCGCGUACCUUCGAUACAGUGCCCUUGUGAUGAAUUUACUCAUAAGAUAGUCAACUUUGCACUUUCACAUGACAAUGUAAAUGAUAAUCUACUCAAAGUACAUCCCUAUAAUUUUGUGUCGAACAAUUAUUGCCACACAUUUUUUCUUUCACUUCUUUUCUACAAUAGUUGUACAUUUAUAUUAUCAUGUGAAAAGGACCUUUAUUUUUAAAACAACUUGUUUUGUGUAGCAAGUAAUAUCUGCUUUUAUUUUUGUUUAUUGAGAAUGCAGGAAUAGACCGCGUGAAUUCAGCGAUUUGCACAAUCUGCUGAUAUUGUUUUAAGGAAAAUGUUUUAUCAGCAAUCACAAAACUUGAACAGCUGGUGCGAGCAUAUUUCUCAACAUUGUUUAUACUGAAUUAUCUAUGUAACCACAAUAUUAUGUCUACGUAAU